GAUGAUGGAAAUAUAUAUGUACAUAUUAGCCAUUUGGGUUGACAAAUAAGCAAAUUUCAGAGGAAAAUACCCGCCAAAAUCCUUAAAAUCCCACAAAGCGAAGAAACGUGCGCAUCUAAGCACACAUCCUAACUAUGCAUAAGCUGCAUUUCGUUAUGGAGAAGCUCUGAAAUCACCGCUGAAACCUGUGGAAAUCGUGCACACCAUUGGCCAAGGAUGAGGGUUUGGGUGAAACCGUUGCUUGCUAAUUUCAAUUCACCCUCCGUCAGCGGUAUCCUGCUGAAGCAAUGCGACACACCAAUGGUUACGGCUGUACUGAAAGUUAGUUUUGUGCGCUGAAAGCUGAAAUUGAAUUAAAUAAUCGUGGCUGAGAUUCCUUUGCUAUAUUAUUCAGUGUGAUGCCGAGAUUUUGGCCGCAAUCACUAUCCCAACGAUGUGAUAAAGCUUACCAUAUAUAGGAAUUUAUUAUUCCAAAUUAUAAAAUGGAGGGGUGUAGUUUGAGGAUUUGCAUGAAGACCUCUUCUUUUUAUAAAUGUCAGAAAGAGGAAGCGAAUGGUUAAACUUAAAUCCAUCGUUCUCCCUGUCCCUUUGGUUAUUGACCAAAGAACACUUGUACCUGAUAAACAAAGAAUCGUAGAGGGUUGUCUUUUUUCUGUUGCUGUAGAAUUUCUAGGAUUCAUUGCUGAAUUAUUGUUAAUACCUCUCAUUCCUUUAGUCGCUUCUGUAUCAAAUGGCAAUAGCUUUACCAUCUCUUCUUUUGUUUUCUCUUCUCAGAAAGAUAGUCAUAUAUAUACAUACACAUGA